AAAUCUUCCGAGGAUGUGCGCAAAAAACUCGAGCAGGACAAAAAGGCCGCCGAAGACGCAGCGCGAAAGAGUUUCCAUAUCAUGUUCUAUACCCUCGAGGCAGACCGGGAUGCUAUGAUGGAGCAGCAGAAACUCGACGAUCUGGACAGACAAGUCGAGAACGAAAUGUCAGGCGUUGCCAAUCCUGCCCCGACCUCUGAUCCCUCGGGCAUCCAACAAGGAUCUCUCAGCAAUGCGGACCUCGGUGCAUCAAGCUUGACUUUGAAGAACCUCAUUGCUCGCAUUGACGCCAAACGAACCAUGGUCAACGCAAACGAUACCCAACUACGUACUCUUAUUAGUGAAGUACGGAAAGGGCGCAGCAAAUGGGCCAGCGAGGAGAAAGUCGGUCAGGAAGAGUUGUACGAGGCUGCCGAGAAGGUUCUGAUGGAACUAAAAGCAAUGACCGAGUACUCGACGCCUUUCUUGCAGAGGGUAAACAAAAGAGAUGCUCCCGACUAUUUUCACAUCAUCAAACAGCCUAUGGAUAUUGGUACCAUGAUCAAAAAGCUCAAGAGCUUCUCGUACAGAUCGAAGAAAGAAUUCGUUGGGGAUCUGAAUCUCAUCUGGGCCAACUGUCUUACCUACAACGCCGAUCCCGCCCAUCCCUUGCGGAAGAAGGCCCUGUAUAUGCGCAAAGAAACCGACAAACUAGUGCCAUUGAUCCCCGACAUUGUGGUGAGAGAUAGAGCAGAAGUUGAAGCAGAGGAGAGACGUCUACAAAACCUGGAUGUUGAUCUUGAGGGAGGGGAAGACAGUGAUGAUGACCAGCCCAUAAUGGCAUCUCGUGGCCGCAAAGCACCGGGCAAAAGCAAGAAGGGACAAUCGAAUACCACUCGACAAACAACUCCAGGCGCACCCGAAGGCACUCCAGCUGCCGAGUCCAAACCCGCGAUCCACGCUUCUGCAUCUAGUUUGCGCAACGAGUUCCUUCGUGCCGACUCAGACGCUCCUGCUGAAGCCAGUUCUAAUGGAUUCACCACACCCCCUCCACCUGGAACGGCCACUCCGCUUGGAAUCAACGGUCUGAGUCAAACUGACUUGAUGGAAGUUGACGGAGUCGGGAACUCGAUCGCUAUCGGCUCUCAGACAGAGGAACUCGACGAGGACGACGCCGAGUUCAAGACCUGGAAGCAAGUCACCAAGAAGGAUAGGGCGAUGGCCGCUGCGGAGAGGAACCGUCUGUUUCGUGGGGAUCAUCUGAACCCAGACGAACCAGCUUUGUUGCGCACGAAAGCAGGGAUGCGCAGAUGGCUUCGUCAGCAGAAGCAGACCAUGGUAGAGCCGACCAGUGCACUCUCAAGAUCUGAUGGCGACGACCCGGAACCCGACACGAGUACUACAGGUGAAACCCUCGCCGAGAUUCAGAGAGAUCAGGAUCGGACACUCCCAGACUACUAUGAUGUUUUGGCAGCGAUUCCGGAUUUAAAUGAACAACUAAAAUGGACGGAAGACUCGGAGGGCAAAGUGAUACCCCAGGUCGAGGAGUAUCUACGUGUUUUCCCGAAAGAAGAGUUCACGUCGUCAGAGAGCGGCCUCACGAAACGGAUGGAAGCCAACAUGAGACAGAUGCAAGAGACUCGAAAGAUCUGCGCAAAGAUUGGCAUUGUCAAGCAAAUGCAGAUUCAGGCUCAGGUACACGACUCUACCUAUCAGAAUCAGUUCCAGAAGUACGACCCUCAGCCGUUUGUGGAACAAGACAUUGGUGCUGUCGCUGUAUCCGAAGAUGGCCCUAUUAUGUCGCCGUGGGUCUGUCGCGCCGCUUUCCAAAGAGCGGUAGGCAAGAUCUUCUACCAUGCCGGUUUCGAAGAUUUUCAGCCAUCUGCACUUGAUGCUGUCACGGACGUCGCCAGCGAUUUCUUUGGCAAGCUCAUCCGUACUUUUACCUUGUACAAUGAAGCACCCAAAGAUGAUUUGGAAGCUCACAGUUUCAGUGCCGAAGAACAGGUGCUUCAUUGCCUCCACAAGAAUGGUCUAGAUUUAGAGUCGCUCGAGACUUAUGUCAAGGACGACGUCGAGAGAUUAGGAUCGAAGCUGGGCGUGGUCCAUGAGCGUAUGAAGGCACAUCUUGCUGACCUGCUGCGACCUGCUCUGGGCGACAGUGUUGGCGCAGAUGGUGUUGGUGCAUUCAAUGAUGGCAGUGAUCAGUUUACCAGCGGUGACUUUGCCGCCGAUGUUGAUGAAGAUUUCUUCGGCUUCAAAGAACUUGGUCUAGCCGACGAGUUUGGGUUGGAGAGUCUCAGCGUCCCGUUGCAUUUGCUACAGAACCGCAUGCACAGCGCCUACCAGGCUAACCAUACCAGCUUGAUCACUUCAUCUGGUAUUGUGUUCCCUGUACCUGCUCCUUACGACCCGAUUUCGACAGAUAAUCUGCCCUCUCAGAUUGGAUUGGUCCAAGACUUUUUUGCAACCAAACUUGCCGCUAACCAAGGACGACCCCUGGUUGAUGACGAAGAUCUACCGACUAAGCAGCGCUUCCCUCGACCUCGUCUACCGCCUACCGGAAAGAUCAGCAGUCCAAGGAAGCGGCCCAUCCGGGAGCAACAACAAGCCGCGAAGAAACGCAGGAAGCUCGAGGAAAACAAGGACGACAGUAAACUAGUGAAACCUAUUGGACCACUCAAAUUGGCGUUGCCAGGAGUCAAGGAUAAGGACCCAGAACCCGAGAAAGACCACGAAGGAAAGAAUGCCAUGAUGAGUCCGCCUGAGAGCAUUACUGCGAGUUAG